GUAGGAAAGCACUGUCCAGCCCUAUGCUAAACUAAAUACUGCAUCUGUUUUGUCCCUGAACCCCGAGCCCAGCAGUACGACACCCUGAUGAUACCGGCAUGUUGGAUGCUGCUGUUCAGGAUGUAAACGCUGGUUGUAUAGGCUAGGUAAAAAACCAUAUUCUAUUUGAAUCCCCAGUGCUUGUGCCCUUGAGCACCCGAGCUCGCCAGGUGCGCCAAUUUGCACUAGUCCCUUUGAUUCCGCUCAAUCAUAUCCGCAAUGCACCCUGUCCUUUUCAUACCACACAUCAUUGAGGACAUAUUUGACUUCGCCACUCAACAGACGGAUGGAAAUGAGUCGGAGAGCAGUGCGCCAUCGGCAGAGUUAGCAAAAUACCGGCUAGCCUGGGUCUGCCGAGUGUGGCGAGCGGUCCUGGCGCCUCGCGUCUUCAUCGACCUCUACUUCUAUAUGCAGCGGAGUCCGUAUUUCAAGGUCGUAGAGGACGACAUUGAGUACACCAAAUCCAGCAUGAGAUCGAUGGUCGAGGUUGUUGACGGGCGCUUCCUCUACCAGACAAACAUGGACCUUAUCCCAGCGCAUGUCCAGCCACGCACGGUGACAGUUCAUCUGGAGAGCGGGGACUUGUUGAGCAGCAGCGCAGUUGGCUAUCUGACACACACGGUGUUUGUGCAGAACUCAUGGCCGGCAGUUAAAGAGCUGUAUAUCGUUGUUGACGAGCCUGACCUCUCGCUGUUCAGAGACCAGGUUGAUUACCGGCCGAUGGAGCGCAUUGUUCAGGCUGUGCUUUCGCAGGCACCCAAUGUCAGCGCAUAUAUGAUGGAGUCGAAUGAGCUGAGCGGGCCGCUGAUGAAUCUCCAGGCUGCAUUUGGAGUGCAUGCCAUCAACGUCACAAGGCUUGAUCUGCAUACCAACGGAUGCGAUUACUCCAGGCUGGAGCUUCCUGCUUUGGCGGAUUUGACGGUUCACUGUGAGACAGAUGUAGAGAUAGAUAUGCUGCCACCAUUCAGCGCACACAAGAUACAGCGACUGCAGGUGUUUAACAUUACACCAAGGGUACUGUACCAUAUGUUUGCGAAGGCAAAGGUCGAGGGCACAGUGCGUUAUCCUCAGCUUGAGGAACUAGCCAUUGAACUGGAUUCACUCAUGGGCGACUUGGGCCCUCCAGAUCUCCAUCAUCCGGUGAUUCGGUACGAAUUUCCAAAGCUGUGUAGCCUCCACCUGAAGACGAGUGGGCAGAGCACGCCAAAUGUAUACGACGUGUUUGCUAAUGCACCGCUGAAAUAUUUGGCCCUAAGCGAUGUACACUUCUUCGAUCGGAUCGACGUAGCAAACCUCCCUAGUCUGGUAUCGGUGUCGCUGAAACGCCAGGCUGGUGAAGACUACCUCCUGCCCCAAGCCAUUGUGAAUAAUCUUGUAGUGGAGCCAGUCUCGAGCCUACGGCAUCUCACGGUUGGAUAUAUGGACAAUUCAGCGUUCAAGUCGUGCAGGUUCGGCUGCUUGUCGCUACGGUCGCUUUACAUCGGUGGAUCGGUUUCAGCUGGGGUGCUGGAGAGUAUUCUUGGACAGCUACCUGCGCUUGUGGACGUAGGCAUCGGGUACUGGCAGACUGCCCAGUGUAAAACCACAAAGCUGAAGACGAUUCGGAGCAGAGUAGACGUGGGCAAUCAGUCCAUGGCACUCAAUACCUCGCUGGCAAGGCUGGAAAUCUGCGCCGAGCAUCGGUCGGGGCGGGUGGGCCACCGACACAGAGGAGUCGGCUGGAUUGUUCCGGUUCUUGCACGGGUCCCGUCGCUUGAGAAGCUGAGCAUGUAUGGCUGGAGCCCUGAGGAUGAGGAAGUUGCUACUAUUCUGCAAGCAGUGACAGACAAGAGAGUUUGCAGGCAUGCCAAGCACUUUGUAGACUUGCUUGUUUGCGUCAAGCCCAGCAUGGAGAACCAUCUGUUUGAGUACGCUGAGUAAAAAUUACACCGCUAAGACACCACCCCACAACCAUCCUGCACCCCAACGGC